AUGGCUGCGUUUCAACAGCGACGGCAGCAGGGGUGGUGGAAACAGCCCACCACCACCGCUUUUCUCCUUCUUCGCGAGCGGUUACUAUUCAGCGACGAUGACACAGCUUCGACAAUGGCGUCGGGCUCCACGAAUGGCAGCAGUGAUCCACGUCAGAUGAACGUGGAUAACUCGGAUUGUGUGUCAAUGUUACUUACAAAAGGGAAAGUGGAUUUUCAGGUUGUGGGACCGCCUGCACCCUAUGUGGAUGAUUGUGGUCCACCAAACUUGGACCAGAUGUCAACUCGCAGACGCGGUCGCGGGCGAGGUAGAGGUAGGACAGGCACCGUUACUCCUGCCCCCAUAGGGACUGAUCCAGUAGACUUUAUGGCUGCCCUGGGAAAUAUGGCUGCAGCUAUGCAGACGACAGCCGAGGCACUGGGUAAUCAGAUAAAUCAGGGAAAUCAUGGGAACAAUAAUGAUGAGGGCGGUCCAAUGACACUUGCUACAUUUCUGAAAGUUCAUCCUCUGACUUUUAGGGGAACCUCAAAUCCCACUGACGCAGAUAAUUGGAUUCAGGCUAUGGAAAGGGCGUUACAGGCACAACAGGUUCCUGAAGAGCAAUGGGUUGAAUUUGGAACUUAUCAGUUGCAAGGUGAAGCUCAGUAUUGGUGGCAGGGAACACGACGUAUCCUGCAUCCUGAUGGUGCUACGAUUCCUUGGGAGGUUUUUCGGACAGAGUUCUAUAAGAAAUAUUUUCCUAAUUCAGCCCGAAAUGCCAAGGAACUUGAAUUAAUGCAGUUAAAGCAGGGACAGAUGACUGUUGCUGAGUAUACUAGUAAGUUUGAGGAGUUGUGUCGCUUUUCUCGUAUCUGUCAAGGUGCGCCUGAAGAUUUUGCUGAAUGGAAGUGUAUUAAAUAUGAAGGAGGUCUUCGGAGUGAUAUUCUGAGCUUCGUUGCCCCAAUGGAGAUCAGGGUGUUUUCUGAAUUGGUGAAUAAGAGUAGGGUGGCUGAGGAUUGUGUGAGGAAGGCGGCAGCAGAGAAAGGAAGUUUGAGGGUGCCUUUUCAGAGGCCUUCUGGGAGGAACUUUGCUCUGAGAGGUAGAAAUUUCAAGCGUGGAGGUUUUGUUCCGCAGCAGACUCAGGAUCAAGGUAAUUAUAGAAGGCCGAAUACCAAUGCUAGUCAAGGAAAAAGGUUUGGGAAGCAGCCACAGCAAGAUCUGAACUGUCAGAAGUGCGGAAGGUAUCACCCUGGAGUUCCGUGCAGAUUCGGACUUGGAGUAUGCUAUUCUUGUGGACAGCCCGGGCAUAUGGCCACCAAUUGCCCGGAGAAGAAGAAGUAUGAGACUGGUAGGGUGCAGCAGCCGGGGAGAGUAUACACCACUUCUACCGUAGGUGCUGAGGGAUCUGAGACACUGAUUAGAGGUAAUUGUGAAAUGGCUGGUAAAAUCUUAAAUGCUUUAUUUGAUUCAGGUGCAAGUCAUUCAUUUAUUGCAUUUGAAAAGGCCAACGAGUUAGGAUUGAAAAUGGUGGUUUUAGGUUAUGAUUUGAAAGUAUAUAAUGCUACUCAUGAAGUUAUGGUGACUAGGAUAGGAUGUCCACAAGUUCCCUUUCGAGUACAACAGUGUGAAUUUGUGCAUGAUUUGAUUUGUUUGCCUAUGACUGGUCUUGAUCUCAUUUUGGGAUUGGAUUGGUUAUCCAAGAAUCAUGUUUUGCUUGAUUGUUCUGAGAAGUCAGUACAGUUUAUGCCGGAAGGGUCGGAAGCACCGGUUGUAGUGAAUAGUUACUAUUUGAAUUCAAUGAUAGUAAACUGUUCUGGAACCGAAUGUCAGGGUAUUAUGUUAUUAACUGCGGGAGUAUCAGGUGAUGAUCAGAGUUUAGAGCAAAUUCCGGUUGUAUGUGAAUUUCCAGAUGUGUUUCCGGAUGAUAUUAAUGAAUUUCCACCUAAUCGAGAGGUUGAAUUUGCAAUCGAGUUGGUACCUGGAUCCGGUCCAAUUUCGAUUACUCCUUAUAGGAUGUCACCUUUAGAAAUGGCUGAAUUGAAAGCUCAGCUGGAAGAUUUGUUGGGUAAGCAUUUCAUCCGACCAAGUGUUUCUCCGUGGGGAGCGCCAGUGUUACUGGUAAAGAAGAAGGAUGGGAGUAUGCGGCUGUGUGUCGAUUAUCGGCAAUUGAAUAAGAUCACUGUGAAGAAUAAAUAUCCGUUGCCUAGAAUUGAUGAUCUAAUGGAUCAGUUACAGGGUGCCGGUGUGUUUUCUAAGAUUGACCUGCGAUCCGGUUAUCAUCAGAUAAGGGUUAGAGACGGGGAUAUUCCAAAAACUGCUUUCAAAACCCGUUAUGGUCAUUAUGAGUAUACAGUGAUGUCUUUCGGGUUAACUAAUGCCCCGGCAGUAUUUAUGGAUUAUAUGAACAGGAUUUUCCGACCGUAUCUGGACAAGUUUGUUAUUGUCUUCAUUGAUGACAUUCUUGUCUAUUCUAAGACUGAAGAGGAAUAUACUGAUCACUUGCGAACUGUGCUGCAAAUUCUGAGAGACAGAAAGUUGUAUGCUAAGUUAUCUAAAUGUGAGUUUUGGAAGAGUGAGGUGAAGUUUCUCGGCCACGUGGUGAGUAAGCAGGGAAUAGCUGUGGAUCCUGCUAAGGUAGAAGCAGUGAUGAAUUGGGAGCGACCAACUUCAGUGACAGAGAUAAGGAGUUUCCUAGGUUUGGCGGGGUAUUAUCGCAGAUUCAUUAAGAAAUUUUCACAGCUCGCCUUACUUUUAACUAAGUUGACUAGGAAGGAUACGCCUUUUAUCUGGACUCCGGAAUGUGAAGGGAGUUUCCAAGAAUUGAAGCACAGGUUGACUACUGCACCUGUAUUGGUAUUACCUGAACCAAGUGAACCGUUUGAAGUGUAUUGUGAUGCAUCUCUGAAAGGUUUGGGGUGCGUCCUGAUGCAGCACCAGAAUGUUGUAGCAUACGCCUCACGACAAUUAAGGCCGCAUGAGAUGAACUACCCGACACACGAUUUAGAACUUGCUGCUGUUGUGUUUGCUUUAAAGAUUUGGAGGCACUACCUCUAUGGUGUUAAGUUUCUUGUUUUCUCAGACCAUAAGAGUUUGAAGUAUCUUUUUGAGCAGAAAGAGUUAAAUAUGCGUCAAAGGAGGUGGAUGAAGCUUCUGAAAGAUUAUGAUUUUGAAUUGAAUUAUCAUCCAGGAAAAGCGAACGUUGUGGCAGACGCCUUGAGUCGAAAGUCUUUAUAUGCAGCUUGGAUGAUGCUACGGGAGGAAGAGUUACUGAAGGCAUUCCAAGGUUUGAAUUUGGGAGUUAGAGAAGAAUCUGGAAUCCUGUGUUUGAGUCAGUUGCAAAUUUCUAGUGAUUUUAAAUCAGAACUUCUGAAGGGUGCCGGUGUGUUUUCUAAGAUUGAUUUGCGAUCCGGGUAUCAUCAGAUAAGGGUUAGAGACGAGGAUAUUCCAAAAACUGCUUUUAGGAUGCGUUAUGGUCAUUAUGAGUAUAUAGUGAUGUCUUUUGGGUUAACUAAUGCCCCGAUAACUGAAGAGGAGCAUGCUGGUCACUUGCAAACUGUGCUGCAAAUUCUGAGAGACAGGAAGUUAUAUGCUAAGUUAUCUAAAUGUGAGUUUUGGAAAAGUGAAGUAAAGUUUCUUGGCCACGUGGUUUGUGGUGCAUUUGAUGCAGCACCAGAAUGUUGUAGCAUACGCCUCACGAAAGAGUUGAAUAUGCGUCAAAGGAGAUGGAUGGAGCUUCUAAAGAAUUAUGAUUUUGAAUUGAAUUACCAUCCUGGAAAAGCGAACGUUGUGGCGGACGCCUUGAGUCGAAAGUCUUUAUAUGCAGCUUGGACGAUGCUACGAGAAGAAGAGUUACUGAAGGCAUUUCAAGGUUUGAAUUUGGGAGUUAGAGAAGAAUCUAGAAUCCUGUGUUUGAGUCAGUUGCAGAUUUCAAGUGAUUUUAAAUCAGAACUUCUAAAGGUUCAUCGAGACAGUGAAGCGUUACAUAAAGUAUUACCAGCAGUUGAACAGGAAAAAUAG